CACAGUCUUUCCUUAAUUUACAUUUAUAUAUAUUGAGUUUUGAGAGAGAAGCACUCACAACACAAGUUGUUCUCUUGGCUUUUGCAUCAUUUCCUCUCCUUUCCUUUGCAAUUCAAAUUUGUCUUCUGCUUCUAUUCAACAGUUUCUUAGUUUACUCCUGUCUUUUGUCUUACUUAAGCCCCCAAAAAUAAAACCAGUUUGGAGGAUUGAUCAGUUUUAAGCUCUAAUUAAAAUUUAUAUUAGGCUGUUCAGAGAGAGAUAAUUGUGCAUUGAUGGAUCCCUCUACUGCACAACAUCUUCACCAGGAACUGUCUUCUCAAACCCUAGAAAGCAUGUUGGUGAGCACAAAGCCACAGCAAGACAAGAAGCCAAAGCCUCCUGAGCAAGCACAGAAAUGUCCAAGAUGUGAUUCCAGCAACACCAAAUUCUGCUACUACAACAACUACAGUCUCUCUCAACCUAGAUACUUUUGCAAAUCAUGCAGAAGAUAUUGGACUAAAGGAGGGACACUAAGAAAUGUUCCAGUAGGAGGAGGCUGUAGGAAGAACAAAAGGUCCUCAUCAAGAAGUACUAGUCAAGAUCAUUCAAUCAACACUAACCCUAAUAAUCCACUUUCUUCUCUCACUACACCAAUGUCCCAUGAUUCUACUGAUCUAAGCCUAGCAUUUGCUAGACUUCAAAAACAAGGAAAUGGGAACUUGGGAAUUGAAAACCAUAAUAUUUCAAUGAUGUGUAAUGGGACUAACAUUGCCCCUUCUGAAAUUCAAAGUGGUUAUUUUGAUGCACUUAGAGGUGGAUUUCUUGAAAAUCCAAAUGGAUUUCACCAAAAUUUGUAUUAUGGAGUUGGGAAUAUGGGACAUCAUGUGGAAAAUGGUGGAAUGGGGGUGAAUAAUGUAAGUGAUCAAGAAAUGGGAAGUAUGCAUUAUGAUCAAGAAAUAAGUAGUGGUGUAACAACAACAACAGCUACUACAGUGACAACUGUAAAACAAGAGAUGUGCAACAUGUCUAGAGAUCAAGGUGACAACAGAGUGUUGUGGGGAUUUCCAUGGCAGAUAAAUAAUGGAGAUGGAAAUAUGGGUACUGAUUUUGAUUCAAGCAGGAGAAUAUGGAAUGGGGUUGGUGGUAACUCUUGGCAUGGACUUCUCAAUAGCCCUCUCAUGUAGAUGUUAGAGUUACUUUUUUAGCUCACUGGCUGAUUAAUCUGGAUUCUCUCUAUGCAGUAUCCACCAAAGAGAAGGUUCAUUACCAAGAGUUUUUUAUUUUAUUUUUUAUCUAUUUUCGCUCAGUCUUUGCUAGGUAAAAAAGAUGAAAGAAUUUUGUUCUUAGAUCAGAGUUGAAACUUAACUUAAUGAUCUUGAGUUGUGUAAAGAGAUUUGAUUCACCUGAAUCAUAUCUCUCUCUCUCUAAUUUUUUUUUUCUUAAAAAUAUUUGGGAUGUCUCUUUUAGGUCUCUUCCUUAUGGAUUGAAAAACUAAUGAAAGUUGAUUUAUUCUUCUUUAA